AUGGGCUCCCACGAGCUCACCGGAGCCCUCGCCCCGUUGGCUCUCCCGCCCCGCGUGGCCCCCAGGAGCUCGGCCCCAGGCCCCAGCCGGCCCGAAGCCGCCGUGCUUCAGUGGGAAGCCGAGAAGUCCUUCCUUGGGUUUAGCGUCAAACCCUCUUACUUCUCCAGUGAGGCCCUCAUAGCCCGUCCUCAGGAACAACAGACACGCCAGGAGGCCACCCCACCUAGAAUGGAGAUUUCGGGGUCCCUUGAGGUGCAACCCCGGAUCUCGAUUCCCACAGGGAGGCCCGGCCAAUUCUACACGGCCCUGUGGCCUGGAUAUAGCAGGCCGGGGGGCCCCGAGGAGAUCUGUCCAGCCUAUGACAUAGGCCACAAUAAGGACUGGUCCGAAGACAACCAGUCAGCCAGUUUUCAGCUGGUCCACCCCGGCUGCCAGGACUGGGUGAUGGUUUCUGUGCUCCCAACGCCAUCGGACACUGCUUUCUCGUCCUCGGAGGCCCUGGAGUGUGCUUCGCCGGACGGCCCGAUGCAGGCGCCUGGGGACACCGGCUCACCCACUCACCAGAGCGAGAACCCCGGCUUCGGCUGCCCUCCCUACAGCGCGGACAGCAGGACGGAGAGGGAGCUGUCUGACUCCUCUCACAGCCCCAGCCCAUCCUCCCCGCACCAGGACCCUCUUCAGAAUCGCUUCGCCCCCGGGCCCGGACUCCCCAACAGCAAGGCCCCAUUCCACCUCUCCCCGACGGAGAAGUUCCAAAGCUUCAGCUAUGAGGACGGCCCGGCGGGGAGCCCCAACCGUUUCCUCAAGGCUGGCAGGACCCCCUUCCACCCCUACAAGCGACAGUUCCCCGAGGAGGUCUUCCCGGAGCCCCACCAGGCCCUCACCCUGGAUGGCCGCGCUUUCAAGAGCCCAGCGGGGGUGGAAGGCUUCGAAGAGCUGGCCAACCCCGGGGACACGGACUCCUUCGUCCCCGGCUUCUCCUCCGAGGCCUCGUGGUGCAACGGCCUCCACUACCCCGGCCAGGAACACGGACCCCAGAUCAUGCAUGGGUCAGAGGUCAAACUCAAACCAGCAGCCCCCCUGGAGGGGCCCCCCGGGCUGUACUGCUACCAGCCCUCCGUCCAGCAGAUGUAUUGCCCCUCCCCACCUUUCCAUCACCAGUAUUCCCCAGGUGCUAGUUACCCUGUGACCUACCUCACCUCCUCACAUUACCCCUACCAGAGGAUAGCCCCCCAGGCCAGCCCGGACUCCCAGCAGCCCCUGUUCCCCAAGCCCAUCUACUCCUACAGCAUCCUCAUUUUCAUGGCUCUCAAAAACAGCAAGACGGGCAGCCUCCCUGUCAGCGAGAUCUAUAAUUUCAUGACGGAACAUUUCCCAUACUUCAAGACUGCCCCGGAUGGCUGGAAAAACUCAGUGCGCCACAACUUAUCUCUCAACAAGUGUUUCGAGAAGGUGGAGAAUAAGUCGGGCAGCUCAUCCCGCAAGGGCUGCCUGUGGGCCCUGAACCCGGCCAAGAUUGACAAGAUGCAAGAGGAGCUGCAGAAGUGGAAGAGGAAAGACCCCGUUGCUGUGCGCAAAAGCAUGGCCAAGCCAGAAGAGCUGGACUCGCUCAUCGGAGACAAGGCCGAAAAGUUCCGCCCUCCCAGCCUGGCCUGCGCGGGCCCGGGGUUGGCGGGGCCGGGCCUCCCCAGACAAAUGACCACGGCGCCGGCGGCCCUGGGCGAGUCGGCCCACCCUUCCGCCCUCCCCCAGACCCUCCACGUGCUCCACCCGGCGCCAGGCCCCCUCCAGGCCAAGAACCCUCUCCUGGGCGGACACCCGCCCUCCUGCUACCCGUCGGCCCCGCAGGGGUACGCCCAUCUUUCUCCAGCUCUGGGGCAACCUGGGGGGCCCCAAACACUCUUCCCCCCUGCCGAAGGGCAGGGGGAGCUCAGGGCCCAGCCCAGCACCUCCCAGGACUCCCCCCUGCCCGCCCAAACUCCCCCCAUCCAUAGCAUGAAGAUGCUGACGGAGCCUUCCCCGGCCAGGACCAUGCCUGAUGCCCUCAUGCCAGAGGGGGACCUGAGUAACGACAUCGAUGCACUCAACCCCUCACUCACUGACUUCGACCUCCAAGGAAACCUGUGGGAAGAGUUGAAGGACGACAGCCUGGCCCUGGACCCCCUGGUGCUGGUGAGCUCGUCGCCCAUGUCCUCUCACUGCUUUCCGGCACACUGUCUGAUGGGAAGCCACACGGGCGGCGGAGGGGGCACCGACCUGAGCCCGCAGAACGGCGGGCCCCCGGGUGCCCUGGCGGACGUGCACCUCACCACCCUGUACUCGGCCUUCAUGGACCUGGACCCGGUGCCCCCGGCGUAUCUCAACAACUCCAGCUCUAAGCCCAUCGCGCUGGUGUGA